AUGGAGAGAGAAGGAGUUUCUUAUUAUUUAUGGUUCCCUUUUAAGUUCAUUCACCAAACUUUCCGAUCUCUCUUACUCAAGCUUUUCGGUCUCCGAUCUUCUUCUGAUCAUUGUUCUCCGGAGGAAGAGGAAGAAGUUGAGGUUGUGGAAGUGUCGUCGAGGGGACUUCCGGCGAAACCAAAGAAACUACUCAAGAAGUCGAGAGAAAGUUCCGGCAAGCCGGGACAUAUCAACAAGAAACCUUCCUAG